CACACAUCUCUUCCUUUUCUUUCCCCCCCUCCCUCUAUUCUCCCCUUUUUCCUAUUCCUCCUAAAAAAAACGGUUCCGCCGGUUACAAAAAUUUAGCGCACCAGUGUGUUGUUAACCGUGAGUGUCUCGAACGUCGUGAAUGUCCGCACAGUAGCGGAAGAAGCCAACAAAAAGUGCAAAAAGAAGCCACGGAACGGAAGAGACAAACACACACACACACACACACACAGCCACGCAGAAGACGCCGGGCGUGCGAAACGCGCGACGUGUGUGGGUUUGUUAGAACAAAAGCAAGUCGCAAUUUUUGGUGCUGUGGUGCGUUUUUCGGGGUUUUGUGAAGUAAGCGGCAAGACAAUCGGCGCAACCGUUUUUAGGUUCAAGAGCGCUCCACACACCGCCCGGUUUAACCACCAAAAUCCGCAAAGUUUGCGUGCAGUUUCUAAGACAAUGGCACCGCAAGCAACGACGAGCGCAACAUCGGUGCUAGCCAUCGGGGCUGGGACCAUGUGCAUUUCGAACACCACGAGUACAGCUGCCCUCGGCAUCGAUCAUCUUUCCUGCGAGGAAAUCAUCUUCGAUGAGGUGGACAAUCGGUUCGCCGAACCGGAUCGGCACAUGAUCGCGGACGAUCGUAUCAUCCAGAACCUGAUGCGGCUAGAAACGUUGACGAUGCCACACUGCAACUAUUUCGGGACGGUGCAGCAUAAUGUUACGCCGAACAUGCGCAAGAUCGUCACCACGUGGAUGCUGGAGGUUUGCGAAGAGCAAAAGUGCGAGGAGCAAACGUUUCCACUGGCCGUGAAUUUCUUCGACCGCUUCCUGUGUACCCUGCCGACCAAGCGCCACCACCUGCAGCUGCUCGGAUGUAGCACCCUGCUGCUCGCGUCAAAAAUUCGCCAAUGUCAGCCAUUAACGGUGGACGUGCUCAGUGCCUACACCGACCAUGCGGUUUCGCAGGAGCAGAUAAGGAACUGGGAGCUGCUGUUGAUCACCAAGCUCACAUGGAAUAUCAAUGCGGUGACAGCAUACGACUACGUGGACCACAUUCUGGAACGCUCCAAAUGGGGUUCGGAAGAUGCCCGGCUGCGCGAACAUGCGCACACACUGAUACAUGUCUGCAACACAGAUGUAAGGUUCAUGCUAGUGCAACCCUCGUUGCUCGCCGUGUCCUGUAUUGCGUCGGCCACACGCGGUCUGAACGUAUCGACCAAGCAGGCCGUCGGGUACGAUCUCUGCCGGUUGACGAUGCACGGUCUGCAGGCGAUCGACGAGAUCGUGAAACAAAUCGAAGACGUGGUGGCACGCGAAAUCGCGGACAAGCAGAUCCAGCAGCAACAGCUUGCCCAGCAGCAGGCACAACUCGCUCUGGCCGGUAGCAGCUGCAAGGAGCAAUACCAGCAGGCCCCACAAAGGUUGGCCAACAAUGCCACCAACAGCAUGAUGAUGCCGCCCCAGCAACAGCAACCGGAAACGCCCACGGACGUACAGUUCAUCCAUUUCUAGCAAGGAAAUUCCACCAGUAUAGUUAUGCGCUCGUUGUGCUGCCGGUAUGCAAACACACGCGGCGGCACCGUUAGGCGCGUAUCUAUUCAAAAUCUGGCGACCCAAACUGUUCAAUCAUAUAUACUCCAUCGCUCGCGGGGAACCGUCUCAGGCAGGCGCAAAGCAACAGCUGCUGCUACUUCGCGCAUCGCGAACCGUCGUCUUCUCCAUCGUUUGUGGUGCGGUUCAGUGAAACUUAAAUCGGGGGCCAUAUAACACCUUCAACAAUUCUUAUCCUCCCAGUCAAUGAAGGUGCAUAUCGUUUUUUUUUUUUAUUUUAGAUUUCAUACUGGGACAGAAGAGUUACAGAUAGAAGGGAACACAGAGGUGGUAGACAGAGAGACGAUGGUGACGAUGACCAAAAAUAUCGAAGAAUUUCACAAAAUGAAGAACAAACACAGAAGCAAGUGAAAAUAUUAGAACACACAACACUGUUAAGUGUGCCUAUAAUAUGUAGAUGUAUAUAAUAUAUGGGUGUUAGUCGAUAAGCUUUAUCCCCAUUGUCUAAUCCACCCUUAGCUGGUAGAGCCUAGGUAGAAACGUGCGUGGAUGACUAAGGGAGAAGAAAGUGUGAAGAAGGAGUAAUCUUUCCACACAGCCGGGAUGCAGGGGAUGGAGACACUGGUUGGAGAGGGACGUGUCCGGUGUUUGUAGUUUUUUUUUUUGUAAAUAUUAGUAUUAACUAGUUGUUAAGCAUUGAUUCUCACCCCGCCCCUACGAACUUCUUCAAACUGUUCCAGUUUUUUUUUUCUAUUCUCCCUUCUCUUAUGCUAUUUUUAAUCAGUUCUUAUCGAUACGGAGUUACAGGAAUUCUUAUUUCUGCGUUCUUUUUUUCUUUUGCUGUGUUCGAUUCUAUAAAACUGUUGAAAAUGUUAAGGAAAAAAUGAAGAGAAAACGACAAACAGCAUAUUGAUAUUUUCUCAACAAUUUUUGUUACUAUGUAUGAAUCGGAAACAUUUUAUUAUCGGUAUUUUUUUUUUUAAACGGUAUAUAACUUCUCCGCGUGUCGAGCACUCACGAGCGUGCGCGCGCUCGUGUGAUAUUGCGAUAACGGGGCGACAAUUGUACAAAAGAUAUGUUUGUUUGCCGAGUCCGAGAAGGAGAGAGUGAGAGAGAAAAGAGACAGUAUACAAAAAAUCGUAAAGGGAAAAAAGCAGAAGAAAGUAAAUACGCGUGCAUAUACAUGCCCCCCCCCCCCCCCCCUCCCAUCCUAAUAUUGCCCCCCCCCCCCACACACACACACACAUUCACAUGUGCACACGCAAGGUCGAUAGCAUUUAAAGGGAACAGAGAAUGUGCGCCAACAUAUGAUGGGACACCGUUCGGUGCGCCGCGGUGUGUUAAAGAAGAAGCGCGCGCCUGCGCCACCCCAAAAAGAUAAGAAAACGGCACAGAAAAGAGGGUGAGUUUGUGGGAAGGGGGUGUGGCACAACAUACCACCCCGCCGCCGAUACUUGCAUUUCGGUAGUCGGCAGUUGAGAAGAAGCAGCGAGAGAACCGAUAGGAAGUUGGCACUGUUUUCUUUAUCUUGGGCGCGUUGGUGUAGUGUUUUUCUUUUGCCUUCAAGAAAUAACAGAAGGUGUUGCGGAUAUCCGUGACCAGCUCCGCGGUAGGUCACCGAUAUGUAUCUACCCGGGGGUGUCCCACACUUUUGCUCCGUGCGUCUUGCCGGUGCGUUUCAUUGUCGAUUGUAAAUAAUAGGGCCUUAUACGUAUAUGUGAGCGACAACAC